AAAUAGAAGUCCACAAAAAUAUAACAAAACCUCGUCUUUCUCGUACAAAACCAACCUCAAACCCACAAGGGAUCCAACUCCUAAACCACGGCCGCCAGCAAAUGCAGAGCGAAACAAAUCAUCCGCAGUUCAGCAAAAUCAAAACUCGCAAAGCUGAUCAAAUUCCCAGUCUUCUUCCGGAAGAAAUCGUCGAAGAAAUCCUGUCAAGACUUCCGGUAAAAUCCCUCUUGAAAUUCAGGUGCGUUUCGAGAUCAUGGUAUUCUUUGAUCGGCAGCAAAGAAUUCAUCAAAGCCCACCUCGAGAAGUCGACAAAGAACACAAAUUUCACCCACCACAGGCUCGUUUUGAAUUUAUUCCUACCCAAUCAUACCCUCAGGCACUGUUCUUUAAAUUCCCUGUUGAAUGAACCCGUUACCGAUGCGUUUGUGUUUGAUGAUCCUAUGUAUAAUCCGGAUUAUUCAAUUCGUAUUGUUGGUUGCUGUAAUGGGGUGAUCUGCAUUCUUAUAGACAGAAAACGUUUUUUCUUGUGGAACCCCUCUACGAGGAUGUCCAAGAAAUUGCCUGAUAUAGAUGAUAAACUGAAGCACGGUGACAUUACGAAAUUCGGGUUUGGUGUCGAUGGUUCUGGUGAUUACAAGGUGUUUGCUGUUUUGUCUGUGUUUUGGAUUACUGGCAAAUACCAGGCUACAGGAAAUGUAUACAGUUUAAAGACUAAUUCUUGGAGAAGAAUUAAGGACAGGGACGAGGUUUCAUUCGAUGAAGGGGGGAAAUUUGUGAGUGGCAAGCUUCAUUGGGGCAAGAAAUCAGGCCGGGAUCUUCGGUGGGAUAUCGUUUCGUUCGACUUAGAGAGGGAGGUUUAUGGAGUGGUGGAGCAACCAAGUUAUAGGCAGGGUGGUUUUAAACCGUCGUUGGGAGUGCUUGAUGGAUGCCUUUGUGUGCUUUGUGAUUAUUGCGAUAACUGUUUAGAUGUUUGGCUUUUGAAGGAGUAUGGAGUGAGUGAGUCUUGGAGUAAAGUGUUAACCAUUCCUUAUCCUCGUGAUGGUUGGGCAGGUCCAUUCUCGACCCCGUUAUUUAUAGGUCCAGAACGAGCAAUUUUGGUUGUCAAUGGAUUCAUUUUCGUAGUUUACUGUCCGAAAGAUAAUCAGCUUUCAAGUGCCCGAAUAGUUAACUCUGAUGACAUUCAUGGAGCAGAGGUGUAUGUUGAAAGUUUGGUGUCACUUGUUUCUGAUGGUGAAUGAUCGAGGCAAACUGAGAUAACAAUGUUAUGAAAGGUAAAAGCAAAAUCUUUGAAUGAUGUUUUGAAAACUUUGCUACUAGUUAUUUCCUUCGGUUUGAUCAACUUGACCUGUAAAUCCGGCAUUGUCCAUCUGUUUUUCCUUCUAUCAUGUGAAUGUGAUUGUUUAUGGAGUAACUCUGGACAAAGUAAAGUCAUUGUGUGCUAUGAAGCUUAAGUGUCUCUUUUCUGGCUUAUGUCAAUAUUUGGCGUGUAA